CGUAAUAUGGUGAACCAGGAAGAAAACUAAGAUGGCGCUUGGCAGUAGACAAGCUAAAAACAUCGGAGCCAUGAUUCGACAAAUUCAAGGCGUCUUAGUGCCUCCGAAGUUAACUGCUGUUGAUAAGAAAACAAUAGAAAAGUCAUGGAAGAUGAUGGACAAAGUUGUUAAGUUAUGCCAGCACCCAAAGAUGAGUUUAAGAAAUAGUCCUCCGUUUAUUUUGGAUAUUCUGCCUGACACUUAUCAACAUUUACGAACGAUUUGUUCAAAGCACGACGAAAAAGUGCAGUCAUUAAAUGAAUGCGAGUACUUUCGAACAUUCAUAGAAAACUUAAUGAACAAAUGCAAGAAUACUAUUAAACUGUUUCGAGAUGGAAAGGAUAAAAUGUAUGAUGAAAAUUCUCAUUGUAGGAGAAACUUGACAAAACUGAGUCUUGUAUUUUCACACAUGUUAGCUGAACUGAAAGCUAUUUAUCCAAAUGGAUCUUUUGCUGGAGAGUCUUUCAGAAUAACAAAAGGAGAUGCUGCUGAUUGGUGGAAAAAAUCAUUUGGAGAUAAAAUCAUCAUACCCUGGAAAGAAUUUAAAAAUACUCUUCAUGAAACACAUCCAAUUGGGUCUCCCCUUGAGGCCAUGGCACUUAAAUCAACCAUUGACCUCACAUGUAACGACUAUAUAUCAGUGUUUGAAUUUGAUGUUUUUUGUCGAUUGUUUCAACCCUGGGCCAAUCUUCUACGCAACUGGAAUGUACUAGCUGUAACACAUCCUGGUUAUGUAGCUUUUCUUACUUAUGAUGAAGUGAAAGCAAGAUUACAGAAGUACAUUAACAAGCCUGGAAGUUAUGUCUUCAGGCUAAGCUGCACAAGGCUAGGACAGUGGGCCAUAGGCUAUGUGACCACAGACAGGCAGAUCUUGCAGACUAUACCUCAGAAUAAAUCUCUAUGUCAGGCUUUGUUAGAUGGCCAGAGAGAAGGAUUCUUCCUGUACCCAGAUGGCAGAAGUGUCAACCCAGAUCUUAGUAAUCUAGUGGCUGACAGUGAGGAGGACCACAUUAGAGUAACACAGGAACAAUAUGAACUGUACUGUGAGAUGGGCUCAACAUUUCAGCAAUGUAAAAUCUGUGCUGAGAAUGAUAAAGAUAUAAGACUGGAGCCUUGUGGGCAUUUACUCUGUACACCUUGUCUGACCCAGUGGCAGGACUCUGAUGGGCAGGGUUGUCCUUGGUGUCGCUGUGAAAUCAAAGGGACAGAACAGGUUAUUGUAGAUCCAUUUGAUGAAAGACAGGUGUUGAAGGCCGGGUCUAAAACACCUACACAAGAUGUGGAUGAUGACGAGGAUAUAGGUGGCAUGUCAACACUUCAUGCUUUAGCAGUAAGCUCCAGGUCUCAAGAGGGAAAAUCCUCUUUUGACUCUCCUGCCAUUGCCAAAAGACCAGGCAACCAGUCCUCUGAUGUACCACCACCAGUGCCACCCAGAAGUAUUUCACCGUUACCCUCACCAGGGACAUCUCCAAAGCCACCGAGGCGACAGUUACCACCUACUCCAUCAAAUGACACAUUAUUAAGAAGUCCAGAGUUAGGCAAUUUUUCCUCUAAGUCACCAGUCAACACAAACUCACCAUCAGGUAUAUCAUAUGCUGAAAUUCGUUAUGAUUUGAACACUGACCAUGACCCUUCUUCACCAUCAUCAGCAUCACAGUCACCCGAAAGUCUUUACGAUAGGCCUUUACCUGGUAUACACCCUGCUGGAACAGGGGCUGCUGGCCAUGAAGACAAGCCACAGUUAUACAGACUGAACAGUGACUACGCUGUACCGCCAGUUCGCUCAAAAGUGCACAAAGAAGAAUUGUCUUCCACUGCUUUAGUCCCUCCUCCUAGGCGUGAGGGGCUGCGUGAGAAUCACGACAUCAACAAAGAAAAUGACCAGGUGACCACCAGCCUUAAUGAGGUGCAGGUGGACACGCUGGUGGCGAAAGGGUACGCAAGACUUCAGGUGAUUGAUGCCCUCAGGGUGGCCAGGAACAAUAUCAAAAUGGCAGAGGAGAUUUUGGAGACUUUUGUCAAACAGAGCAAUGUCUGAUAGCCUUCAAGCUCCAGUGUAGGGUGAAACAUUGAAAAUGUGGCAAGCCCCCAACCCCUCCCCCAUCGCCAACAAUUUGAGACCAGAGUACUUAUAAAAAAAAUUUCUAUAACAUAACAUUUUGUUUCUGUUUAAAUUACUUUGCUUUUUUUUUUUUUAUUUGCACCAGGGCUAAACGAUGAGAGAUGAUACCAUCGUAUCUGGUUCAAUUUGUUACUCUAUGAAAGAUAUUUUUUGAGUCCAUUGUUUCAGUGUUGGUAAUAAACUAUGAGCUUAGAAUGGUUUUGUUUGCUAAUAUUCUAUCUCUUUUUUUUUUUUUCAUCCAGAGUGAUUCAGAGCAAUCCAAAUCAAAUUGUAGGUCAUAUGAUAUGAUCCUGUCACUUGAAAAUGGGAGGGGGUAUGGCCUAACUCAGCGCUGCACUUUCCAAUAUUCAAUAUACAAAUUAUCUAUGGCAAAUUUGCCAGCAUUGAUUGGUGUAUUCAUUUGCUAUUGGCUUCGAGCUUUUGAAUAGCCUACCUUCCUUCGUCCCUCCAAUAGAAUUUUGUUGCUACUUUUUUUUUUUUCUCUGCAAUGUGAUAAAAAGAUGGUCAGAUGUUGGAAGAAUAAACUAUAACAGCAAAUUUGUGUGCAAUACUUAACGUAGCUAUACUCUGGGCUACAUGUUUCCCCCAGCUAGUUUUGUUGAAUGUAGAGAUGACGUGUGUUCAGUUCAGUGUGGUUUUUGUAUUUGAUGUACUUUAGAGGAGAAACAGUUUUUAACUGCCAUCCACUAGUAAUUUGUAUCAAAAGAUUUUUUUGUACUCAAUUCAUAUUUUUGGACUUCAUUUACAUGUCAGAUACAUUUCAAGUUUUCAGAUUUUCUUUCCAAUUAUUGAAUGAAAUUUUUUUUGAUCUUUUAAUAUUUGCUGGUAAGACGUGUUCAUUGUUCUUUAUCAAAGUGAGAGAUUGAAAGGGCUAUAAAAAAAAAGGGCUUAUGUUAAAGACUUCAGUCUUAUACUUUCUUUUAUAAAGAGAUAUAAAGUAUUGACACUCUUAUGUAAAUUCUUGCAAGUUUUUUUAGUAUUUUUGUUUUGAAGUUUCUACCUGCAGAAUCAACUCGUGAAAUUUUAUUACAACCUUACAUGUUGUAUUCUGUUAUGUACAUCUUUCGAUACCCUAACUUAUCAAAAAUGUUAAUCUAUUGUUUUUUUUUUUUCUUUAAUUUUAAGAGAGGUCCUUUGUUUCUUCAUGUCUUCUUUGUUUCUUCAUGUCUUCUUUGUUUCUUCAGUCUUGAAAUAAAUGUUUUCGCAGGGAGUGAAUGAAACAAUUAUCUUUGUAAAGAAACAUGAUGACUUCUGCUCUCAUGAUUAGCUAGGUGUACUUUGCAUAAUGGUGUACAUGCUCCACACUGAACAUGAUUCAAGAUUUAUAUGUCUUGGUUUUAAUUUUUAUAUAUAUAUAUAUCACUUACAAUUUUGGUUGGUAGAAUGAAUGGCAUGUUUCCUGAAUGGAAAGAGUUCAUUGAACCUAGAAGAAAGGGUGAAGAGAACAAAUCAAAUGAAUAUUGAUGAAUGGCUCAGGUGACUGCUCUAACAAUCAAUUGCAUUGCUCAACUCCCAUGAUUCUUCCAAUUUAAAAUAAUUUUAAAAAAUUCUUGCUUACCUUCUGCUCAUUAUCUUUGAUUGUCUUAUUUUAUGAAGUAGUUAUCUUUCUUGUCUUUUUUAUUUUUUAUGAUUACCUUUCUUGCACCUUCUUAAUUUGUUAUCUAUUUAGAGGAUACACAUAGUACAGAAUAGGGUUAAGUCAUCUAAAAAUCAAAUUUUGUAACAGUCAGAUACUUUUCAAUUGAACUUGUUUAUAAUCUGUUUUUUACUCCUAUUUGUAAUACAAAUUAUUCAAACAUUAUUAUGUAAAAAAAAAAUGUUUACAAUUGAGACUGUGCUACAAUAGUGUGGUAGGAUUGUAGUUUCACAAUUACUGAUGUUUACAAUUGAGACUGUGCUACAAUAGUGUGGUAGGAUUGUAGUUUCACAAUUACUGAUGUUUACAAUUGAGACAGUGCUACAAUAGUGUGGUAGGAUUGUAGUUUCACAAUUACUGUCAACUUGUCCUUUCCAUCAAGAAAUGUCUGUUAUCCAUUAAAGCUGUGCUACUCUUAAGCAUCGUUAUGUAUCGAAUACGAAUUGUGUUCAUUGGGUCCUGCUGCACAAUUAUUAAUGACUGUUCUCCUAAGGAGAUUAUGCAGGUUUCUAGCAUCCCUUUUGGUGACAAAAAAAAAGCUUCUGUUUUGCUUCCGACACCAAUAGAUGAAUAAUGGCGCAUUUUUGUUCCCUUGCAAUGUUUGUGUUUGUUUAGCAUUCCCUUGUCAUGAUAUGAAAAGACAAAAAAAGCCUAUCAGUCGCAAUGAAGAAAGAAAAAAAAAGUAGGGAAACUUUGUUUUGAAAAAGUAAAUUGGGUUUCUAACAAAUUGGUUUUCUGUGGUUUGUACACUGUGCUCAAGUACGAUAUGGUGUAUACCUUGCUGGUUUCUUGUUUUUUAGUGUGCAUGAUUAGUAGAAAGAACAUUUAAGACCUUGAAAGUAUUACUGGAUAAUAACUGUGUUUGUAUCUGUGUAUUUUAGGCAAACAUUCAAUGAUAAUUAUAUUUUGUUGUUGAAGUUUUUUUUUUAUAUAUGUUUUUGCACAUUAGCAUGGCUAUCUGUAAUUUUGCUUCAAUUUUUUAAUUAUUUUUUAUUUUUUUUGCAGUUUGUAAUUCAUGUUUAAUUUAUUAAGUGUUGUUUUUUUUUUGUUUUUUUUAUUAUUUGCUUUCAUUGCAAAUAUGUUACCAGUUUUUUUUGCCAAUCUGCAAAAAGAAAAUUGAUGGCUGGACCAUUGUAAAUGGUUUUUAUUCAGUAAGCUGAUAUAAUGAAUAGUAUUUUUUAAUUAUUUUUUUUUGCUUUUGUUGUUUUUUUUUAUAUUGAUAGUGCUUAAUUUUUAUAUUUUGUUAAAUCACUUGAUCCUAUUUAGUCAAUUAAAGAAAAAUGCAUCAAAAGAUCAGCCUUUCAAGAUAGGGAAAAUCAUUCAGUAAAAAACAUAGAAAUGAAACUUUGUUUUUAAUUCAUGUAAGGAAGAAAAGGCUGGAUUACAUCUGUCACACAUCUCUGACAAUCAUUGUAGAAGAUAACUGAAUAACACAGGUAAGGUACAUUAGUUGUGAAUAACUUUUCAGCAAAGUUUUAUUUAACAUCUUUUUUGUAUGUGUAGUAAAAUUACAUAACAUAAGGGCUCAGGAUUUUUUGGACUCACAAUUUUUUUUAGAUUGGUUGGAGAGAUUUGAGCACACAAUAUAGUUAUCACUGGUGUUUAGACUUAAUUCUAGUGAUCUGCCACUUCAUAGAAGAGUAUUCCCUCAAAUCAAUUUUGUUUUAAAUGUUGAACUAUGAUUUAAAAAAUUGCAUCUUAGUCUAAGAUAAAAGGUUGUUUAAAAAAAAAAUGAGAGUUAACUAAAUGAUCAAAAUCAUUCAGUAAGGAUUAGAUAUAUGCAAUUGAGAAUUAUUUUUUUCUUUUUCAUGUAUGAAUUUGAUUGAAACCAAACUACAGAAUACAAAAUUGUCUUUAUGGUUUCAUUGCACACUGUCAUGUUUUAGUUACUUUUUGUAAAUGUUGUUUUGUUCAGUUAAAAUCAUACCAAACACUGUCAACUUUUUUUAUUGGAAUUGUAAUAAUCCUAAAAUUGCUUAACUUGGUCAUAGAGUCUAAAUAAUAAAUGGAAUUGUUUAGUGGUUAUUUUCUUAAUAGAAAAGCUUGUAUUCCAAAUACAAUAAUUCCAGCAGUUUAAAACUAUUGGGAAAAAGAAAUUGCAAAUGAAAGGCUUCUUUUGCUCAUCAACUUUUUGUCAAGGGAAUGUUACUCUUGGUUUCUGUACUAGGAGAAGAAUAGCUUUUAAGAAAUGGAGCUUUAGAUUUAUUUUAUUUAUUUUAAAUAAUGUGGUGCACAGCUUGUUUGACAUAGUCGAAAACAAAAUGUAUUGUUUCAAUAUAAAAGUAAGUGCAUUGCAUUGCUUGAAUUGGGCACCAUUAUCUUCUUUUUAUUUUGACUUUUUUUUUUUAUUUCCUAAGUUAACUCUGCCAAAACAAAAAAAAUAAUAAGUCAGACAGAAUCUGCUAUAUACAAGUGAGAACAUGUCUAUGUUACAAGUCCUACUAGUUCUGCCUAGUGAUGAAACAUUGCUGGAAUAUGUGAAUCAUUUAGAGCUCUCUUUUUUUAGGGAAAGUUGAUUAAAUGGGGGAA